AUGAAACGCUUCCACCCCGUUCCUUCUAAGACGGAAGAUUCCAGUUCUCGUCGGAUUCCCCUGGGCUUUGGAAACGCCGUUGUUCUUCAAACUAUGCUCAUUGCAUUGUUGGUCCAUGUUCCAGAGAACUGUAUGGCCAUAGGUACUGGGUUCGGUCAGCUCUUCAGAGGAGUAGGCCAAGUUGGAGGUGUGGCAAUAUCUUCAGCUAUAUUCCAGUCCAAAUUGGAGACAGAACUUCGUAAACGAAUACAAGGACCGGAUGCUGAUGACUGGGUCAAGAAAAUUCGCCAAAAUGCGCGCCUUAUCAUACAACUUGAUCCAGACAUGCAGCGAAAAGCGCGAGACGCAUACUCUAUUCCCGACAAGAAACUAGAGCAUCGGAAACCCAGGCCAAAAUCGUCUCAGGAGCCUACGGAACCAUCGACGCAGACCUCAAGUAGCUCCGGCUUUGAUUCCCAUGAAGAACCUGCCUCCUCUUCAUCUGCAACCCCAUUCGAUAGCGAUGGAGACGAUGAUAAUGAUAACGACUUUAACGACCCAAAUAAAACACAAGACUUUCGAAAAACUCCACGCCGACGGCUAUCAACGUACGAAAACGCUGACGAGGUUAUCGCUGAUUUGGAACAAAAUAAAGUAGCUAACACAGGGAGAAUGCAGAGGUGA